AUGCAAAACAAGAAAAUUCAGUUAUGGGCAUUGUCUAUUAGUGGUUACAACUGUAAGACAGAGUAUCUUCCAGGGAAGGCAAAUGUUAUUGCUGAUUUCUUUUCACGACCACCAGAUUCUGAAAAUAAACAAAAAGAAAGUGAGCAAGAAAUUGAACCAGAUAUAAAUGACAAUACCUACAAAAUUUCUGACAAAAAUACAGUGAAAAGCAUUAAUGUUAUAAACUCUAACAAUUUAUACCCGAAAGAAGUAGCUAACAAAGAAUAUCAAAAACAAGAUGCUUUAGUAGAAACUGUCCCAGCAUUUACAGAUUUAGAUAUGAGAUUAGAACAAGAUAAAGAUCCUGCAAUUGUUCAGAUGAAAAUGCAACUUAAGCAUGGUGACCCAAGUAAGGCUGAAUUGAAAAAGUAUUUAGAAGUAGACAAUGUUCUAUACUAUAUCUCUAACCCAGAUGAAGAACCAGUUAUGAGACUGUAUGUUCCUAGUCAUUUGAAAUCAUUAGUUAUAACAGAAUAUCACAACAAUGGUCACCCCGGUACACAGCGUAUGUUUGCAACUAUAAAAACAAAGUACUACUGGCCAAAUAUGUUUAAAGAACUUCAUAGAUAG